AUUCUUGACGUUGUAGAUGACUUUGGCAGCAUAGACAUUCAACAAGAAACGCAGCAUUUUCGCCUGGAAAACAACUUGGUGUCUGAGCUGGCAAACUUGUUCACCGAAAGCCAGUUAGGCCCGAGAGAGGAUGCCUUGUUGUGUGUCUUGCCUCCGAUUAUAUCUCGACUGACGCUGUCCUCCGCAGGAAGUGCCUUAGCAGCAGCUAGGAAAAGUGCGAAUCAGCAUCGAAGGCGUGAUGAGUGGAUGCAGGCAGAGACAGUGCUGAGAUGGGCAUGGAGAAUUUGCACCGAACCUCAGCCUUCUCGGGCAAGUGCAGACCGGCCGAUCCUCGCGCAUAAACAUACCGAACGAGCAGCAAUUGCAUUAGGCGAGAUAUACCGGUGGGCGUUACAAGGUAACGAUACAACAAAAAAGUUCGGCCUCGACGGUAUUAAAUGGCUCUCAGGCCAGAAAUCCGGCCGCAGUCAACCACUCACCGUAGCUGUUGACAAGAUCAUAGAUCGUUACAAUGGCAUUGCAGGGAAGGUUGAC